GCCCUCCGUCGUUCUGCCCAGCGAACAAGUUUCCUCGCUCGCUGCCAUCCACAGCAUCCAGCACAGAGUCAAUAAUGAUUCUACGGCGACAGCUCAACACUAAUAUGACUCUCUUUCCCUUUCACCUUUUCGCCUUAUUCCUCGUUCUCUCAUCCGCACUCGUAGCCACGGCACAGGACAAGGAGUCAAAUCCGUUCGACUGUCAUGUCACUAUAGAUUCUCUCAAGUUUGACCUGACGGCACUCGCUGGUGUUCACACUGUAUCACGUAUACGCGAGACCCCGCCGACCUCGAUGAUUGAUCAGGUAAGGUUCAACUUGUGUGACGAUCUGCAAACAUUGGACGGUGUAGAGGAGGGGGACCAGUGUCCAUCAGGCACAAGGGCUUGUAUGACGAAAACAAAUAAGAAAGGGGAUGAUUCCGAUCGAAUAGUCGCUGUCAUCCCCGUUGCCCAGAGCUCUCUACUUAAACCCGAAACGUCUGUAAUCUCUUCACCCUCGGGCCUAUCUCUCACGUUCCACGGCUCGUCAUACCCCAACACAACAUCCCCUCCUUCAAUACCUCAAUCCCUCAAACUUUCGCUUUUCUGUGCAAGCUCUUUAGGCGAGCCAGCGUUUUCCUCGUACAAUGAUGGUCAAGUCCAAGUUGACUGGAGUGCGCCAUCGGGAUGCAGUUCAACGGCGGAUGAUAAAGAACCGUCACCCGGUAAUGACGACGAGGACAAGAAGGAGAAGGAAGAGCCGCAGGAGAGCGUGGGUAGUGGACUCGGAUUUUUCUUCUUGGUAUUGCUACUAGCAUUCAUUGCUUACUUCGCAUUGGGUGCCUACUAUAAAUACUCGACGUAUGGCGCGCGUGGCGCAGACCUUAUUCCACACCGAGACUUUUGGAAAGAAGUACCUUAUAUGCUUCAAGAUGUUGUUUCUCACCUCUGCUCGGCCGUGCGACCACGUCGCUCAUCCCGAGGCGGUUACAUAGCCGUGUGAUUUUGGUUUGUUAUUCAUGUAGCCACAUAAAUCGAGCUGGAAACAUAGAUUUGUUUGCUGGUAAUGUGUGUAGAGAGGAGCUACGCGAACGUUUGGCCAAUCGUGGGGUGUUCUGGUUAGUCUGGCGGUGAAUAACACAUGACCGAGCAUAUUUGUUUCUCUCUCUUUUCGUAACGACUGGACCACUACUGGAUGCGUAUGCAGACUGGAUUUGAUUGAUAUUUGCAGCAAUACGAUACAUUGUCCCGAGUCAUCCUAGUAAAAAUUUAAUCUGCGCUAUUCGACAACAUUGUUGGUUUUUUUGAAUAUAUGCCCUGUCAUAGGCUAAUUGG